AUGUGUGUGACCCAUUAUUGUGCAGGACAAGCUCCUCGACUCUUCCACUGUAACCCAUCUUUAUAGGUUGACUGAUCAUAUUGGUUGUGUUAUGACAGGACUUGUUGCUGAUAGUCAGUCUCAAGUUCAGAGAGCAAGGUUUGAAGCAGCAAACUGGAAAUACAAAUAUGGGUAUGAGAUUCCUGUCGACAUGUUGUGUAAGCGGGUAGCAGAUAUCUCUCAAGUGUAUACGCAGAAUGCUGAAAUGAGACCUCUUGGAUGUAGUAUGAUGUUGAUUGCAUAUGAUGAUGAGUAUGGACCACAGUUAUAUAAAGCAGAUCCAGCAGGUUAUUUCUGUGGUUAUCGUGCAACAAGUGUGGGAGUUAAACAAACGGAAGCAAAUAGUUACUUGGAAAAGAAACUCAAGAAGAAAAUAGAUUAUACUCAUGAUGAAGCUAUUCAGUUGGCAAUAUCAGCCUUGUCAACUGUGUUAUCAGCAGACUUCAAGUCAUCCGAACUUGAAAUUGGGGUGGUGUCUAAGGAUAGUCCCAAGUUUAGGAAGCUGACCGAGCAAGAAAUUGAGGCACACUUAGUUAUCAUAUCAGAAAAAGAUUAGGUGUCUUUAGUGAGAAAGUGAAACUAAGAGAAACACUUUCAUAACCAUUUAUGAUGUUUGACUUUUUUUUUACAUGUACCAUCAAUAAAAUAUUAUGUAUAUCAUAAA